GUUUAGUUCCUCGCGGUCUCGACACCCAGUGUUUUGUUUCAUACUUAGGCGCGGCGGAAGAGAAACCACCAUAGCCCGCAUUCGAGGAAAGUAGCAGGGAAACCCCGCAGCGAGACGGAGAGGGAAAGCAGGUGUGCUGAAAGGAGAAAAGAACGCAACGCCCUCUCAUGCUCUCCAGCCUCUCAAGUGCAACCAUCUGCGCGAUCCAGCCGUCCUCAGUUCUCUUCACGUCUCUCCGCACCGCCAAUGUCUCCGCCUACGAAUUGCCUGGCUGUUCAGCUUCCUCUGUCUUCACCUUCCUCUGCGUCCUCUUCCUUCUUUGUGGCCGCUCCCUUGCGUAGAGGAGCAAUCCAGCGCAGCGCAUCAGCUUCACAGCGUCCACGCUUCGUAUCUGUUCUGUAUCGGAACGCGAAGCUUCGCGCGUCUUCUUUUGAUGCUCGUGUCAAGCCACUCAGACUUCCUCUCUCUCUGCGGUCGGUCCUCAACCUCUCUUCUCCAGACCUUGCGCGUCCGGCCUCGUUGUUCGCUCUCUCGUCCGCUGCCUCUUGCGCCUCCCAAAGCCGUCGACUCCCUCACUCGCCUCUCUCCGCCGGGCGUUGGCUGUCAGGUCCUGGAUUUCUCGCGUCUCCUCUCAGUGUUGGGAAGCGCCUCUGCUCUCGUCUCCUCGGCGCUGCUCCUUCGGAGCUCUUCCGAGGCAACAUGAGCGGCCGCGGAUUUGCGCAUGGAGGAUCCCUCGACGGCGGUGGCUCGCGGGAGCCUCGCUCUGCUGCCUUGGCCUCUGCCGACGCGCAGAGAGCCCCGGCGUCUGCGCGGAGAGGCCGAAAUUUCGGCGCUGGACGCCGCGGCUCCCAAGGCUUCUUGAAAGAAGGCACGGCCGCGUUCGCGUCUCUGCGUAAUGGACCUGCCGCGUCGGCUUCCCCGCAGGCCAGCCAGCAGCUGACGCACUCCGCGGGGACUCCGUCGCUGCCUCGCGCCCAGGCGGCCACCCCACACCCAGCGGCCUCGUCUCCGCUCUGCGCCUCGCCGCCCGCGGCCUCGCCUUCCCCGGCGGCCGAGGAGUCCGUUUCUCUCGAGAAACUGUUCGGCGGAAUGGGACAUCCGCAGUUCAACAAACACAUAGUCGACGACGAAAACAUUCUGCAUUUCUACGGCAUCCGACAGGCAGUGCUUCGGCCUGUCGUCCAUGAGGACUGCUCCCGCGGCGCGUCUGCCGCGCAUGCGUCUUCGCCGCCAGCGAAUUCACGCCGAGGCAAAGAGCCGAGUCAAAAUCAGUUCUUCAAAGCGACGCUUUCUUGGACGAUCUCGGGGAAGCGGAAAAUUCAGACAGAGGGUGUUGGCAGGUCGAAGAAAGAUGCAAAGAAAGAUGCAGUCAAGACGCUCCUCUCCCAACUCGGACCUGUCACUCUCCAUGAGUACGAGCAAGUCACGAGGUGCCUUUUUUCGUCGCUGAGAGGCAAGAUCCACGGCAAACAAGCGUCGUUUCCGACUGGCAGCGAACAUCGAUUUAUGUGGACCUUUAUGUCUGGCGGCGAAGAAGUGAGAAUUGAGUCGACAGGGCGAGGCAACAGCGCCUGCGAGGCAGAGAUUGCCGCGAUGCAGGACAUGUACCUCAAAGUGUUGAAGUACAAAGACUGUCAGACGGAGGAGAGAGAAAAUAUCAAUCGACAAGUUACGCAAGCUCGCCAGCAACAGGCAGCUGAAGCUCGCGGCAAGGGCGCCUACCCUGGCGCUCAUCUGUCCAAGCAAGAUGCCGGAGAAAUCAACCAACAACAUCACAAUUUAACAACCAGAAACCAGAUUAAACCCACGGAGGCGAUCGCGGUCUCUGCGGAAGGUUACCGGUGCAACCUGGAGUGGCGCUGGGUUGGCCGCGAUGGUCGGAGUCGGACGUUGUCUGUGGUCGGCAUCGGUUCCUCCAAGCCUCUCGCCCGCGCAAGUGCAGCGCUACAAAUGAUGGCGAAUGCUGGUUUCGUCGAACAUGUGGAAGCUCCGGACAGACAAGCUGCUCGUAGUCUCUUGAACCUCCUCGCAGAAAGACCGGAGGGAAAGGUCUACGUCGCGAAGGCUUGUGCGUUGAUUGAGGCGACCACCAGCGCUGUCUGGCGACUGUUCCUUCCGACGGUGUGGAGAGCGGCACUCGCGGAAAACGAACGCUCUCUCAUCGAUGCGCUUCUGCGGACGAUGAAGACAGUCACUGCCGCGGCCGCAGAUGAAGGGACUUCGUCGCCUGCAAGUGGAAGUCGGGCUAUGCCGCCGGACGUCUGGGAGCAGCUUCUCGAUGAAUGCACCGUUCUCACGAACUGCAAUUUCGGCCAGGCCAUUCUGCACGAACUCGGCGAUGUUCUGUUGGAACAGAGCUACUUUCCGUCGCCCCUAGCCAGGCAAUACUUUCAAAACUAUCGGCUCAUGCUCGCGCUGGAGUGGCAGGCGCAGCUUGCCACAGGGAUUGAAGACAGGAAAGCGUACGGGGACAUGUUCGAAGGAAAGCAUAUGAUUCUCAACUGCAAGUCUGCGACCAUGCCCGUCUUCUCACUCGGCACCGCUCUCAAAGCGGAAGACCGAGAGUUUCUCGCCAACGUGCAGUUCAGGGAAGACGACUGCGUGCUGCUGCGACCCUUCGAGGAACAGCGAAGCUCUGACGAGGCUGAGCGCAAGUGUUUCGUCGGCGUGGUAACGAGCGUCAAGAGCGACGGCGUAAAUUUCAACGUCAACGUCCGCCUCGCGUCCGGCGAGGGCGCGAAGCAUGCAGAUAUCCUCACCUGCCGCCGCUUCAAGUUGUACUACCUCACGCCCGCGGUCACCCACGAUCGAAUGGUGGAGGCCCUACGAAGCCUCACCAUGCACAGAAUGCCGAUUUCACACUCGACGUCCUCGUACGCCUUCACUCCCGAAAUUCGCUACCUGCUGCUCCACACCGGAGAGCCUCCAGCAAAGGAGGUCGCUAGCCGUGGGCCGGUGCCGUUGUUGAGCGACGUGGAUCCUUCGCAUUUCGAUCCUCUUCAUCGUUUGAACGAGCUGGCAGACGCUCAAGCGCAGCUGUCCCGCAGCUCGUCUUCCAACCGAGACGAUACGCCCUUGGGAAGCUCUGCCCUUCAGAACACGAAGAAGCAGCGACUUCAACAGUCCAGCGCCGUCUCCUGUUACCCCCCGCCGUCGUCGCUUCUCUCCCAAGUGGCCAUGCAGGCACGGAGUCAGCUGACAGAUCGGAACGACUUUACGAUGCCUUCCCCCGAAAUUGAUUUAAGCGACGUCGUCCUGCCCACAGGCCUUCCGCUGACGCGGCCACAGAAGGCCGCAUGUCUCUCGGCUCUCACGAAUCGCCUUACCCUCGUCCAAGGUCCCCCCGGCACGGGGAAGACGCACGUCGCCUGCGCCAUCAUCGACGCAUGGCAGCGAAACGAUCCGUCAAAGAAAAUCCUUGCAGUCGCCGACAGCAACGUUGCAGCGGACAACUUGAUGGAGGGUCUGAGCGCCCGCGGCAUUCGCAGCGUGCGCGUUGGGAAUGGCAGCGAGUCCGAUCUUCAGGAGGAAGCGAUUGCAGAUCUCGGGCGCUAUCGCGACUACGUUCGCUUAAAGCAGAACGGAAUGUUCGGCGAGGCAAAGACCGUUCGCAUGGCGCUCUUCAGAGAGGCAAUUCGGCGACAGCCUGUCAUCAUUGCCACUUGCGUCGGCAGCGGUCACGAGAUGUUUGAUGAUCUAGUCUUUUCUCGCGUUAUCAUCGACGAAGGCGCCCAAGCUAUUGAACCGUCCAACUUGAUUCCUCUUGCCCACGGCUGCCGCAACUUUGUGUUGAUUGGCGACCACAAACAACUACCGCCCACCAUUCUGUCUCCCGAGGCUGCUGCACGAGGACUCGACGUCUCACUUCUGGAGCGUUUCGUGGGCAGCGGCAUUGCUCCCAUUCAGCUCUUGGAUGAACAGCGGCGCAUGCAUCCGUCCAUUGCGUACUUCCCGAACCUGCAAUUCUACGACGGAAAAAUUCAAAGCAGAGAUGUUGACGAUGGCAAUCGACCGCCGGUUGCAGGUUUUCGGUGGCCGUCUCAGCACAGCCGCGUUUGCCUGGUCGACAUUUCGGCUGCAGGGCUCUCCGGCUCUGAGACCUCGCAGGGCACCUCGAAAUACAACGCAGCAGAAAUCGAUCCCAUCAUCGCGAUUUUGCAGUCGGUGGCGAAUGAGGGGAGCGUCCUGCCUUCGCAGAUUGGCGUGCUCACGCCGUACGACGCCCAGAAGGCCCGGCUUCGAAAGGCAAUCAAUGAAACGUUUGUGCCGCCGGCUUGCUACCAAAUCGAGGUGGACAGUGUGGACGGUUUUCAGGGCAAGGAGAAAGACUUGAUUAUCUUCAGCGCUGUCCGGUCAAACGCUCGAGGUGAAAUUGGAUUUCUUCGAGAUCCGCGACGAAUGAACGUCAUGCUGACUCGCGCGAAACGCGGUGUCAUCGUCGUCGGGGACCAGCUCACUCUGUGGAACGACAAGACGAACUGGCGACCGUGGAUUCAAUGGGUUGGCAGCAUGCGCUCCAUCAUUCCCCUGACGCGCCUGAACGAUCACCUCGAUGCGCCGCGGUAUUCGCUGCCUUCACUGCAAGGCGGCCAGGGCGGCAACCUCCCUCGAUCUUCUUCUUUUGCUUCGCGACAAGGCUCUGCUGGAGCGCAUGCACGCGCAGGAGGAGCAUCUCAGAUUUUCGUCCCUCAAGGCUUUCAGUGUGAUUUCCAUCGCUCAGGCUUCGCUGGCCACAACAUGGAUGUCGACACUCCCGUCGGUCAAGGUCUACUAGAGUUGAGUCCGGCAAAGAAAGCUGCAGAGGAAGAGGAAGAGCGAGAGAAGGAACGCGAAGUGCCUGACGACUGGGAGGAGCUGCUCUGAGGCUGGCGACAUCGACGACACUCAGACGAAGAAGGAAAGGAAAGAAGACGAGGAAGAAUGCCCGCCAAGGAAAGGCAUGUCGAAGUGGAGCUUUUGUGGGCUCCAGACAGGCGGACGCGUGGAGAAAAAGAAGAGAACGGAAGGCAUAGGAAGAGAAGCAGAGACGGACGACGCCCAGGGGAAGCGGGCAGGAAAAAGCGAUUCUGCGUUAGCGGGAGGAGCGUUCCUUGGAAAGUCUUGCAAAACGUCACAAAGCCAAAGGGAGCGUGAAACUGUGACAAAGGAGAAGCCGGAAGCGACCGUCGUGGAGGGUCGACGACGGUAGAAAAAAAGGGGGACCGACGCGUGUGAACGAGCUCUGCUUUUUCUUCGUGACCAGAGCCUUCCUGGUACGAGAUGUCCCGAAUGUAGCUUUGAACUUUUGUUUCUUCUCUCUUGAUUUUUUUGUGUUGUUUAUCUUUCCGCCCGUGGCGAGGCGCUCCGGUCUCCUCGGUGUGCGCCGAUUUGCUUCUGUUCUCGAUUGCCGUCUGUCCCCCCUGGGCGUUCGCCUGGUUGGCUGCCUGUCUCGUUGCUUGGCUCGUGAGACGCAACGUCCACCCGCGACGCUGCCUGUCCGCUCCAUAUUGUCAGUUUAUCUCGCAUGUUGUCUUUUCUUCAUCGUUUCUUGUCUGCGUCCGGCCGUGUCUCGCACCGCACCGACGCGUCUCCGGCUCUCGGUCGUCUCCGUGCCGGGUCACAUCGUGCGCCGGUUUCGCGUCGCUCGUCUCAGUUGUGGAGUUUGGGGGGCUCCGGCGCCGAGCGUUCUUCUUGGCGAGCUGCACAUGCUCCCCUCUCCUCGCUUUGCUCUACAAAUCACUUUCCUCGUUGAACUAAACACCAUGUUCACCUGUCUCUGAAACGACGCCGA